UGUUUCCGGUUUGCGAGCAUUGUGGACAGUUAUUUGGUAGGCACGCACGUUGACGCUGUCCCUGUCCUGUUGUGACGUUCCAGUAUACAUUACGUAGUGAUCAACGACAGAGCUUGGACAAUGGCUAAAGCUGCGACAUUAAUUAAGUCUUGUUUACUGGGAAAUAAUGUUUACCUUUCACUUGGUCGUCUAUGUUCUGUGAUGAAGCGGGACAUCCACACAGGAUCAAAUCGGUACAAAAGUCAAGUAAAGCACGGAAGUCCAGAUAAUCAAUAUGAAGAGCAGCAGAAGAGAAAUGAGGAUGCGGGGGAAUUAACUGAGCUGGUGCGAGACUUCUUACAACCUGACCAGUUCUACAAGUCUUGUCUCAAUAUCGGAGUCGACUUCUUCUGCGGAGUUCCCGACUCACUCCUCAAAGAUUUUUGUGCCUAUGUAACACAAAAUGCUCCAAAAGAGAAGCAUGUUAUUGCUGCAAAUGAGGGGAAUGCUGUGGCCGUAGCAACAGGUUAUCACCUAGCAACUGGAAAGCACCCUAUGGUGUAUCUGCAGAACUCGGGAUUGGGUAAUAUUAUCAACCCAAUCAUGUCCCUGACCUCUCCCUCGGUAUACAGUGUGCCAAUGAUUCUUCUGAUUGGCUGGAGAGGAGAACCAGGAAAGAGAGACGAACCACAGCAUCUAGUGCAGGGGCAGGCAACUCCUGGGCUUCUGGCUGCCUUAGGAAUUCCAUUCCAACCUCUUCCCGACUAUGAAGAAGGCGCUGAUCAAGCUUUGCUGACUGCGAAACACUAUAUGGAAAAAUCCAAUGCACCUUAUGCCUUCCUCGUCAAAAGACAAACUUUUGCACCAUUCAAAUUGAAGAAAAGGCCAACACCAGACGAUCAUAAGUUAUCAAGAGAAGAUGCGAUGAAGGUAGUUAUUGACAACCUAAGUCAGAAGGAUGUUGUUAUCAGUGCCACUGGGAUGUUGUCCCGGGAACUAUUCGAGUACAGGGUUGCCAAGGACAUGGGCCAUGAGAAGGACUUUCUAACUGUGGGGUCCAUGGGGCACACUUCCACUAUUGCUUUGGGAGUGGCCAUGCAGAAGCCAAAGAGACAGGUGUUUUGUCUGGAUGGAGAUGGCUCAGUCAUCAUGCACAUGGGUGCCAUGGCAACUGUUGGUCAAUCAGGUUUUUCCAACUUUAAACAUAUUGUCAUCAACAAUGGUGCUCAUGAUUCUGUAGGAGGCCAGCCAACAGAUGCUGGAAAUCAUAAAGACUUUUCAUUCUCAAAAAUUGCUGAGGGAUGUGGAUACAGAAAGACGCUGUUGGCUGUUACCCCUGAGGAGGUUGCACAGUGCGUGCUAGACAUGCGGGGAAUGGACGGACCAGUCCUUCUAGAAAUUAAAACACGACUAGGCAGUCGUAAAGAUUUGGGUCGGCCCACGCGAACUCCUAUAGAAAACAAAGAGGAUUUCAUGCACUUCUUGGCAAUUAAUUAAUUAUGGGUUCAUAUAAGGGAUAAUUGCAGGACUUCCUACACAUUUUGGCAAUUAAUUAACCAUGGCUUUUUAUCUGAGAUAAUUGGUUGUCAGUGACAGUUUGCAAUCUCAUUGACUGUCUUUCAUACAACUUUUACAUGAAAUUGUGUUCAGAAACAUGAAAUUUGAUACUUUGUCCUUAUAUACAAGUACAAUACAGUUGUACAGGUAUGGUAACCAUUUAAUUCAUAUGCAUUGAUGCAGAACCAAAUUAUAUUUUGUGUGUGAUUUAUUUUAAUAUUAUAGACCCUUUCAUACCAAUAUAUUGAUUAAUGAAUUUCAUAAUACAUAUUAUUUGAUACUUCUUGUUUUAAAUUUUUUUUUUUACAAAAGCACUUUGUUGUUACAUGUAGCUAUUGUAUCCAGUGUUUCCUUCUUUUCUAAAUCCAUUGAUGCUUACAAUCAUUAACCAGUGUUUAUUUUUUUACUUUAGUGAAUUAGUGAUAUUUAAUGAGGGUCUUUUUGUGUGUUUUUAUUAUCCACCCCCUGGCACUUACUACAUUAAGAGUUAAUUUAUUUUAGAGGGAAUAAUCUCAAGGGUGUUGCAUACAUGUAGUUUUCAGAUUUGUGUGGUUUUGUUGAUUGGUUUUGAUUUUUCAUGUGUAACGAUAAUUUAAGAGUAUCGUAAUCAAGAGAUUGAGGAGCAUAGUUGCCACCCCCCUCCCCUUUUUAUGUAUUAAGUUUGAUGUAUAUUUUUAUGCAAUCAAAAUCAAAGAUCAGGGAGGAACGUUGCUUUUGGUAUAUAUUUGUCUCCAACUUCAACCUAUGUAAAAGCUUUUGAUCUGUACUUAUUGCACAGAUGGGCAUAACUCAGUAUGUGGCCACACUUGGAGGCAUAGCCUUUCAUAACUGCAUCUUGUUUUACUUAGAAAAAGGAGUACACUACAGGCUUAAAACCUGUAAAAUGUCUUCUUCCUUGUAUCGUUGAAGAUCUGAAAUGAAAUAUUUGAUAUUUAGAACUAGGCACUGUUUGAAUGCAAAAUUUCAUCUAGUAAUCUGGAAAAGGACCGGUGUUACUUUACUUUAUGUAUUCGUACUAAAUACAUGUAUUUUUGUGCCAAAAAUACUUUUUCUUACUAGGUGAAAAGCAUGGCAAGAUUAAAUUUUCAUGUACAUGCAGAUCUUGUUUAAAUUAGGCAUGUUAUAAAAGUUACUACUGCUUUGAGAAUUAUGAAAGGCAGCAUAGAAGAAGAAAAAGAUUCCUCGAUUGUCAGAAUGGUUAUUUUUGGAAAGUGAUAGUACUUUAAUCAAAGAUUUGGGUGUAGUUCAUUAUUUAAUGUACUUGAGUGUUAUUUGUAAUAAUUUAUUAUGAGUUUGGUAGGGAUUAUUUAACAAGGUAUUAAGAAUAUUUGUGUUACUUACUAGCAAAUCUCUGUUAUUUAUCAUAUUCAUGAAGUCAGACUUCACCACCUAUAAUUAAGGUUUCAUAGAUAUGUAAUAAAAAUAUGAAGUAAAAA